AAGAAAAUCCAGAUGGGGUGCAGGUGCUGCAAAAUGAUUCAAAGCUAUAUUUUUGAUCCAGAAGAAGUACAAUCACCGGGACACAUCCAUGAAGUAGACAACUAUAAACACAAUGAACAAGGUAGCAAUAAAUUCAAAUUCAAAGAGAACAGUGAAAAUGAAGAACACAAAAAUGAACUUCAGAAGAAUGAGUUAAGUAGGACAGAAAAUAAAAAUCCAUUAAAUAGUACAAAAGAAACUCUCUGGAAUCAUGGAGGCAACAAUUUUCAAGAGGACAGCCUUGUGAAGUGUGCUGCAAAGCUUGAUGUUGCAGUCAAUGGUGGCAACUCCUGUGCUGAAGGGCACUCCACACUCAAUCCCAACAGAAACCUGACAAAAGAAGCCAGUGAAAAGGGAACCUGCAGCCAGUCAGAGGCUUCUUCAACCAGCAACAGAGACUUUUACACCAUAUCAAACAGGUCUGGACAAGAACCUGACCUAGAGACAGGAAGUCAGAGGAAAGCAGCCUGCGAUGUGUCUAACAGUAUUUCGGACUCCCAGUCUGCACAAGACAGCAUCUUUCUCAAAGGAAACUCAAUACUGGGGACACAAAACAAUGCCAUACAACUGCCAGAUAUUGACUACCCUCAAAAUGGCAAUCAAACUGGGAACUGUGUUGAAAAAGACAGCUUUUCAGUCCACUGUGCACAUUCAGGUCAAAACACUGGUCCUUCAGCAAUAGAGAACCAGGACCUUUGUGUAACCCCAUCUUUGCCUGUGAAGGAGAGCAGUGCUGAACCUUUUGAAACUGACUCUGCAAAUUUGAGUGAGGGCAUUACUGGUGGUGUCACUGCAGUGGCUGUUACCAAAGUCACACAGGCACUCCCACACCCCAACCAUAAAGACAUCAACAGAGAAACUGAGGAGGAAGAUGCAGAAGUCGCAGCAGCUCUGGCUGCACUGGAAGCUGCAACUGCAGGGGAAGACCUGGAAGAUGAUGACGAGUACUAGAUGAAGGUUUUAUCCUAAUACAGUAGGUAAGAUCCAGAUUUUAUUUCUGGAUCUAUAUGAACACAUGUACAGCACACAUGGAGAGCUGUUAUGAACAGCAUAUAUAAAAGGAGUUGGUACUUAAACCUCUGUCUCUUCAGCUGUUUUAUACAGCCUUUUAAUUUCCACUGCCCGAGGUACAAAAAUGCUCCCUUGGCUAAUGGUAAUACUCUUCUCUGUGGAGCCAACCAGGAGGGCAAAGCAUCAUUUCUUCCACACAGAAUAUUCCGCUGUAUACCCACCUCACCUGGACUCAUGCAAAUGUUUCCUUUGGUUUUGACCCUCAUGAGGGUCUACGCACACUGGAGGCUCCAGGUUCAGAAAAUUUCCAUUAUUUAAAACAACAAUUGAAGCCAUGAAGUUAGAAACCACAGAUUUUCAUCAGCAGCACAAAAAAAAUAUAUAAAUGAGCCAAAGUUCUAUGAUCUACGGAAGUGUGAAAUCAAGACGGUAGCUUUGCUUGGACUUCACUGUGGUUAUGGUUCCAUUAUUGAUUAAAUCUAAGCCCGUGCAUGUGCAGCAGGCAUUAGGACGAUAACCUCAUCUCUCCCCUUACAUCUCCCCUCAACUUCAUGUUGCUGCUUCAGUUCCUUAAAACUGCAGAAGUCUAGCCAAAUCCAAGUGAAUAGGUAACUUUCUGUUGGUUUUAUGAGCUGAAACAGUUCACAUAGGAAUUGUACACACAAUAUCAGAGGUGUUGGAGAGGGAUGAAAAUUCAGUCCCUACCAGUUUGGAUAGAUUAAAACUGUAGUAGAACUACAUCCUGAAACCUCUCAACUCCACUAAAUCUUCCAGGCACACAUCAGUUGUCUUAGCAAUACAGUUUUCAAACAGUUUAUGUUUCAAAUAUCCCCAGCAAGAUGUGUUUUGUUUAUGUACAAACAACAAGGGCCAAUGUGGACUCCUCCAUGGCUCUGCUGUAGUCCUGAAACUUACAGCAGAAAAAAGGAUCAAGCUUCCAAGUUGAACUAAGCAUAAGCCCUGAAAAUAGCUGCAUUCCUGGAGGGGCUGCAUUCCUUGUGGGGAAAAAAGGAGAUAGAGAUCAAUUCAGUGCUGCCAAUUCAGCAAAAAUAUGGUUGAAAUAGAAAGUGCUUGACAUUUUAUACUGAAAUUUUAUGGUUAUCAAGUUUCUGUUAUAAACUCCAAAUAAAUUUUUUAAUCAUAUAAAAAAUAAUCUGGUGGCUUUUGUACUUUAUGCAUUUUCUGAAUACAAAAAUUACAUUAAAGAAGUACUAUAAGAUAUAGCCCUCAUUAGAUACACAAAAAGCACCAACUAUGUAUUUGACUACAGUAUACGCU